UCGAGUGAUUGUAAGUGUGAUGAUCAUCUGCUAAAUGAGCAACAACGACCACAAUUCACUCCUUCAGUCAGUGAAGCUCCCACAGCCGUUCAUGAGAGUUUAAAUGCUGGGGAAUAUUCCCAUCUUCCCACAGGAGAAGAAGAAGCAAGCAGGAGGAAUUACUCCAGGAGAAACUACGGACAUACUAUUGUAAAGAUGGAGAUUAAGGAAGAACCCUGCAGAAUAAAAGAUGAAGAUACAGAGGAACAAAUAGGUUGGUAUGGAAAUGCAGUCGUUUCAAAGACUGAAGAGAAUUUCACACAGAAACAAGCUGGAAAAUCUGGAGUCAAAGGAUCUUUAAGCUGUUCUGAGUGUGGAAAGAGUUUCCUAUGUAAAUCAAAGCUGAACACACACAUGAAGAUUCACACUGGAGAAAGGCCUUAUACAUGCACUCAGUGUGGAAAGAGUUACAGACAUAAAAGACUCCUAAAUGAUCACAUGAGAAUUCACACUGGAGAAAAACCAUUCACUUGCUCUCAGUGUGGAAAGAGUUUCAGUCAGAAAAGCUCUCUCAAAGAGCAUCUGCGCCGUCACUCUGGAGUGAGAUCAUUCAGCUGUGAUCAGUGUGAUAAAACAUUUGUUUAUGAAUCAAGCUUAAGAAAACACCUUAAUGUUCAUACUGGUGUGAAGCCUCACUUUUGUUCUGUAUGUGGAAAGAGUUUUUCACAUCUUGGAUCUUUAAAACAGCAUGAGAGUAUUCAUACUGGUGUGAGACCUUAUAUGUGCUUUGACUGUGGAAAGACCUGCAUUUCAUCCGGCAACUUAAAAACACACCAGAGAGUUCAUACUGGAGAGAAACCGUACAAAUGUUCACACUGUGGAAAGAGAUUCUCUCGGUCAGGACACCUGAAAGUUCAUGAGAGAGUUCACACUGGAGAGAAACCGUACAAGUGCUCUUCAUGUGAGAAGAGUUUCACCCAAUCAUCUGCUCUACAGCGACAUGAGAUUCACACUGGAGAAAGGCCUUAUACAUGCACUCAGUGUGGAAAGAGUUUCAGUAUGAAAGGUAAUCUCAAAGAGCAUCUGCGCCGUCACUCUGGAGUGAGAUCAUUCAGCUGUGAUCAGUGUGAUAAAACAUUUGUUUUUGAAUCAGGCUUAAGAGAACACCUUAAAGUUCAUGCUGCUGUGAAGCCUCACUUUUGUUCUGUAUGUGGAAAGAGUUUUUCACAACUUGGAUCUUUAAAAGCGCAUGAGCGUAUUCAUACUGGUAUGAGACCUUAUGUGUGCUCUGACUGUGGAAAGACCUGCACUUCAUCCUGCAACUUAAAAUCACACCAGAGAAUUCAUACUGGAGAUAAACUGUACAAGUGUUCACACUGUGGAAAGAGUUUCUCUCAGUCAGGAAACCUGAAAGUUCAUGAGAGAGUUCAUACUGGAGAGAAGCCGCACCAGUGCUCUUCAUGUAGGAAGAGUUUCAGUCAUUUAUCUAAUCUACAGCGACAUAAGAAAAAUCAUUGUCCGAAGUGAGCAAAGUUCAGAUCCAUAACUUGUAAAUAAGCAAAAGAUGGAUUUACCUUCAAUACAGUAAUUUAAUCUAAAAUUA